AUUAUUACGUUUAUGGCUGGAUUCGUCUUCGUUAUCUACUCCAGUUGCCCUGCCUGUUCCUCUCUUGAAGCUUGCGCCCUCUUCACGAGGACCCUUUUACACUGCACUUCAUCACCUCUAUUUUAAUACAAGAUUUUGAAAGAAAAUUCCAAUUUACCAAUAAAGUGAUGCAAAAAACCAAGCAAAACCAUGACUUUCAAGUUUCAACCCGCCCAGUUGCGAUGAUCCAUGUUUCUUGAGGCAAUUGCGCAUCCAAACCCAGUUUCCUAAAACAAAAACAAGUCCAUUUUCGAAUUAAUUUUUUAAAAGAAAUGAAAAGAGACCGUGAUCUAGGAAAAGCAGCGGCGGCAGCCGCCGGGAAAAUGAAGAUUUGGGAAGAAGGGCAGCCGAAGGUUGAUGCCGGAAUGGACGAACUGUUUGCUGUUUUGGGUUACAAAGUGAAAUCUUCAGAUAUGGCGGAUGUAGCUAAUAAGCUUGAGCAGUUAGAGAUGGCUAUGUUGACUACCAUGGAAGAUGGGAUUUCCUAUCUUUCUACUGAUACAAUCCAUUACAACCCUUCUGAUCUCUCCGGGUGGGUCGAGAGCUUGUUGUCCGAGCUAGGCAGUACAGGUAAUUUCGAUGUGCUCCCACAACAAAUUGGAGUUCCAGGUGAAUCUUCCAGUAAUCUUAUUGGUUUCUCCAAUGAUAUGCCAAAACAACAAAACAGAAAAGUCAUAUAUGAUUAUGAUUUAAGAGCAAUUCCUGGUGGGGCGAUUUGUAGCAGUCGGAAUGAUGAAGAGAACCCAAAUCACGAACCAGAUAUUGGUACUAAGAGACUCAGGUCUUCUCCUGGAUCUGAAUUUCUUGAUAAUGCUUCAUUAGCGGCGGCACGGCCAGUGGUGCUAGUGGAUUCACAAGAAACAGGUGUUAGACUGGUGCAUACUUUGAUGGCUUGUGCAGAGGCUGUUCAAAGAGAUAACAUGAAGCUAGCAGACGCAUUGGUGAAGCAUGUUGGUAUAUUAGCAGUUUCUCAAGUUGGAGCCAUGAGAAAAGUCGCCACCUAUUUCGCCGAAGCAUUGGCCCGGAGGAUUUACAAGAUUUAUCCACAAGAUUCCCUUGAAUCCUCCUAUUCCGAUGUUCUUCAAAUGCACUUUUACGAAUCUUGUCCAUAUUUGAAAUUCGCGCAUUUCACUGCUAAUCAGGCAAUUCUUGAAGCCUUUGCAGGUGCUAAUAGCGUUCAUGUGAUUGACUUCAGUUUGAAGCAGGGGAUGCAAUGGCCAGCACUGAUGCAGGCUCUGGCUUUGCGGCCUGGCGGUCCACCAGAAUUCAGGCUAACUGGAAUUGGGCCUCCGCAGCCCGAUGACAAAGAUGCCCUGCAGCUAGUAGGAUGGAAAUUGGCUCAAUUGGCUGAGAAAAUUGGCGUGGAAUUCAAAUUCCGAGGCUUUGUAGCCAAUUCACUGGCUGAUCUUGAUGCCAAUAUGUUGGACAUCAAGCCUAGUAAUGUGGAAGCUGUAGCAGUGAAUUCGGUUUUCGAGUUGCACAGAUUACUGGCCCGGCCCGGUGGAAUCGACAAAGUGCUAAAAUCAAUCAAAGCCAUGAACCCUAAAAUCGUGACUAUUGUCGAAGAGGAGGCUAAUCAUAAUGGAAAUGUGUUUUUGGACAGGUUUAACGAGUCGUUGCAUUACUAUUCGACGAUGUUCGACUCGUUGGAGAGUUCCGGGUUGACUCAGCCCAACAGCGAGGACUUGGUGAUGACCGAGGUCUACUUUGGGAGGCAGAUUUGCAACGUGGUGGCGUGUGAAGGACCUGACCGGAUUGAGCGACACGAGACGUUGUCUCAGUGGCGGGGAAGGAUGAACUCGGCCGGGUUUGACCCGGUCCACCUGGGUUCCAACGCGUUCAAGCAGGCGAGCAUGUUACUGGCGCUGUUCGCCGGCGGAGAUGGGUACAGGGUGGAAGAAAAUGAUGGGAGUCUCAUGCUGGGUUGGCACACUCGGCCGCUCAUCGCCACCUCCGCUUGGCAGCUGAAACCCCCAGAGUAGAGUUGACUGGGUGGGUCAACUCGGGGUCAACUGAGUUAUGAUUUUCUUGGUGAAUCGAACCGACUCAAACCCGCUGACUGCCACCACAAAGAGUGCUAUCUCUGAGUUGGUUUGAUUGGGAAAGGGAGAGAAAGAGAGUGGUCUGGAGUGAGUCAAAUUCUGUAUUUUUUACUUUUACCUUUUACUUCUCCAUGUCAGCAUUUUCUUUUCUUUUUAUUUAUUUUAUUAAAUCUCAGAUGUUAUUUUAAUAUCUCCCUUUUUAGUUUUCUUGUACUUUGGCUGAAUUUUCCUCUUUUACCUCCUCUCUUUGGCUAGUGUGGUUAACGAGUCCGUACAAUUCUGUAAUCUGCUAAUUGACUUAAAAUAAAAUCUGAGUUAUUUACUGA